AUGAGCCUUACGGUUGUUGACAAGACAUCUUGGAUCUUGGACGUUGAGAAACCUGCAAUUCGAAUGGCGAGCGAUUUCUGCCAUGCUUCAACUUCGAUCAGUUUCCAUUCUAUCAACGGAUCUAAGCCUCGGGUUCUAUGCAUCUUUGGUGGCUCAUCAUCUGGUAACGACCCGGCCCAUAUCGAAGCUGCCAAGUCACUUGGCAGAAUCUGUCAGGAACACAACAUCAAGAUUGUGUACGGAGGCGGCACAACUGGAGUGAUGGGCGCAAUCGCAAGCACUCUCGUUGACCUUUCUGGGCCUGAUGCUGUGCAUGGUAUCAUCCCCGAGGCACUACUCAAAUACGAAGCCAAAGAGUCGGGCAGACAUCCCAAGGAUCCUUCUUACGCCAGAUACGGUAAGCAAACCGUUGUUAAGGAUAUGCAUACUCGGAAGCGCUUGAUGAUCCAAGAGGUAAUCACUGGGGGCGAGGGAAGUGGUUUCGUUGGACUGAGUGGUGGCUAUGGCACUCUCGAAGAGCUCUUUGAGGUAGUCACCUGGCAUCAGCUAGGUAUCCAUGACCGUGGUGUCUGUCUACUAAAUACGGGCGGAUUCUUUGACGGGCUCGUCAAUUGGCUAGGCAACGUGGUUCAGGAGGGGUUCAUUGGCCCAGAAGAUGCUUCAAUUCUUAGCAUUGCUAGUACAGCCGAGGGGGUCGUCAGGUGCCUGGAUCAGACACCCGAGUUUUCUCGAAAGGGUGAACUAGAAUGGGUUUAG